AUGAAAAUUUGGUGGGCAUUUUCCGCACUUGCCAUCGCUACAGAGAAUGUUCAAGAAGAUGAAGCAGAUUCAAGAAAAGGAGCUCCAGAUCGGGGAAUGUAUAAUCAUGACAGAUUGGAUGCAAUGACUUCCAGCAUUUUCAUGAGCGGAGGAAAAAAGAAACGAGGAGGAAAGUGUAAAAACGGAGGCUGCAAGGGAGGCAAGGGUAAGCAAACCGCUGCUAACAGUCACAGAACACCAGCUGCUCCAAAGCCUACCAAGCCAAAUACGACACGAUCUCCUGCUAAGAAGCCGCCAAAGAGAGGUGGUAAAUGCAAGAACGGAGCCUGCAAAGGAGGAAAAGGGAAGAAAACAACCCCAGCUCCAAUGAAAACUACAACCACCACAAGAACCACCACCACGACAACAACUACCACUAGAAAAACACAACCGCCAAAGAAAGAAGCGCCAAGAGAACAGUUGAAAGGCAGCGGACAUAGCAACAAUCAACAAGCAGCCUACAAUUACGUCGGCACUGCUGGCCAAACCCAAGAUGUCGUCGACGGUGGUGUACCACAGUUUUUCCUCCCUGGUUCCUUGACACCCGCUGAUGUAACGAAGUGGGGCUCCGGUUGUUCCCUUCACUGUCUCCAUGGAUUUUCCGGACGAUGCCAGCUUUGUGGAUCUGCUGCUUGCCGCGUUGCUCCACACGAGUUCGAAUGCCGUCAAUAUAAGCACUGCACUUUGAACGUCAACAACGUUUGCAAACCUGGUGAAGAUUGCGACGCUGUCCGCACCAUGUGGUGGCAGACUUGCUGGACUAGUCCCUGCACUAGCCGAUGCUGGUACAAAGGAUCUGUCGGUAACCAGGAGGCUUGUGAUGAGUGCUGCGAUCUUGCCUGCAGAGAAGAUGACAAAUACAUUGGAAACAGUUGCUUCAGAUGUGCUCUUUGCAAGGACAAGUGGGGACCCCAUACUUGGGGAAAAGUCAGUCCCGAGGUCAAAUACAAUGGCCACGUUUGCUGGGGCCGAGAUAAAACGAGAGGAGCAAUCAUGCAAAAACUCAAGUACGAUCUGCCAGAAGAUGCAAGCAAGGUCAUUGCGGGCACUUUAGAACAAUCAGGUUCCUUUGCCAACUCCAAGCCAAAUGGUUACAAGCCCGGCCAGUCAUCCAAUAACAAGGGUGACGUUGGAAUCUUCACAUCGGGCGUUGGCUCAUUCGAGUUGACCAAAACACCACCAAAGAAGCUUGUGCAGGAUAAGAACAAAGAUUGCCAGAGGAUUUGCCGUGACGCGAAGCGAUCCACCACCCGCGGCGAGCCAGCUCAUGUCCAGGCGAAAGAAUGGAACCAGUGCAAAGAGUGCUACUGCUGGGAGAAUCCACAAAUGGAAAUGUGCGAAGCCAUCGAUUGCCACGUCGCUUGUUUAUCCUCCAACAUGUCAGGCGAGGGCUGUCUGACUUGCACAAGAUGCAAAACAUGUCCAGCGGUGGCGAACAAAGACAAGAACGACAACUUUGUGAACGCAGUCCAGAGCAUUUUCUCGCGAGAUCAGGCCGGUACAGCGCCGAUUGAAGAGAACAACGGGCCACUUUUGCUCGGUGAAAGAUCGACUAACAAUGAGAAUCGAGAAUCGCUAGAAAGAACUGUCAACAGUCAAUUUGGAUACAUUCAUGCUGCGUCGCGAGAAGCUACUCUGGCCAUCCAGGAGCUCGGAAUCCUCAACGUCUUCAAGCCAAAAUGUCUCGCUUGCAACAGAAUGGACGACCGACAAUCCUGCCGAGAAUCUUGCGCUGCCUACAAACGAAACCCACAGAACCAUAUUGCCGCGCACAACUGCAAGCAAGGCAAUUGUGCAGUAAUCCUUGCCAGUGCCUGCAAACAGUGCAUCAGAAAUUGUGACAACAUCAAGUCCGUUUCGCUGUCUGCAGCUGGAAACUCAAACCCUGAUAUUGCCGACACCUCAUUUGAGAACUGCUACCAUACUUUUGGAUGCGCAAGUGACUGUAAAGCUGCUCUCAAAAAGGUCAAGGGCGAUUUGGAAAGCCGAAGUGGCGGAGAACUGACGUCUAUCGAUGACCUGUCCCCUGAAGAAGCGAUCCAAUGGGCUCUCCAGCUACCCUUUGAAAGCAAAAAAGAAGCCAAGGAGAAGGGAUUCUUCGUCGACGGAACUCUUGACUACUCAAACGAUCAGCUUGAAGCUAAGACGAACCGAGGAUUCUCUUUGAUCGAAAUGAAGAAAAAUGGCUGGUGGUGGCGAGAGUAA